AUGAUUGAAAAAUCAAAGUCAUCAGAUAUAGACACCAAAACUUUUGUUGAGAAAGAAAAAUCAAAGUCAUCAGAAAUAGAAACCAAAACUUCUAUUCAGAAAGAUUGUCUUUCUAAAAGUAAUAACGAAUUAUUCAUAAAUAUUUUCUAUGAAAAUCAAUUAUCAUUUACUGAUAAAGUUAAAUUAAUCGUUGAUAAAAGAGAUUGGGGAAUUUCAAUUAACGACAGAAAAACAUCCUCCAACACACUUUGUGAUAUUUAUUUUGUAAAUCAUUUCAUAAAGUCUGGAAGAAAGUUAUCAGCGUUAGAUGUUACAAAAAAAAAUUUAAGUGUUGAAGAAAAAAAUCUAUUAAUUCAAUGUUCAGCUAAUGUACGCAAUGUCUUCUUUUAUUGUCCAAUUAAAUUAGAAGGAUGGAAACCAGUAAAUAAGAUUGAAGGGCUUGCAAUAUACAUCUCUAGUUAUUUAGUAACGAAGAAAGAAUUUGAACAAAACUUUCUUCCAUGGAUAAAUCUUUGUGAAAAACUGACUCUUAAACUUCAUGACGACAUCGAUUUUAUUCAAGAUGUAUAUGAAUGGAUUCGCUGUUUGAAUAUUAAAUGGUUGUCGAUUAACUACCGUGGAAAAUACUUUUAUAACCUCAACGAAUUAAAAAGCUUUAUAACUCAGGAAAAAUGUUUAAUAUCUUAAAGAUAUAAAAAAAAACAA